UACAUUUUAAAAUCAUUAGUGGAGGAAGGGAACUCCCUCACCAAGAGGUGGACACAACUUUAUAAUCGUUUUGUGUCUGCCCAUGAUACUUUACUUAUCUCCUCCUUUUUAUGUCAAGGAAUUUUGGUUUGUUAGGGAACAAUCACACUAAAUCGAAUAAUUUAGUUUGGAUACCGCACAUUAUUAAGACGUUGUUCGCUUUGAAUCAAAUAUGUAGGGAUUACUGUUGGCCAAAUGCUUAUGUCACCCGGCCCUUUACACGGUAGGAAUAAAAACGAAAAUUAACCUUUUCGUUAGAUCCUAUAACAACAACCUUAGUUACUAAUCUUGGAAUUACUUUGUGGAAAUAACGGGAAAAAAAUAAAAGAAUCAGUGUUGCCACUUGUUUUUCUCUUGUUUCAUAUCAUGCACUUUUAUCCAUAUGCAAUUGCAGUAUAGGAAGAUUGAUGAGUCCGUCUAUUCGGAUAUCUUCGAUACCCAAAAAUUGGAAAUCAUCACACGAGCAGCUUGGUUGCAGUUCAUGGCUACAGGAAACCAACACAUGAAAAUCCAUCGCGACUCUUAGCCUCCAAAUUGAUCUUAUUAUCGAGUAACUUACUCUUCCAACUUCAAGCAAGAAUUGGUUUCAAUGUUUACCUUCACCACUACAGUCGGACAAUUUACCUCAAUCAAUCAUCAACAACAAAAAUCUUCUACAAUACGCAAACAGAGAAACAAACUCUUUUGCUCUACAGUUCUUAACUUCCAAUAUACUUUUUUUCAUCCAAUUGCCGUCGCAACACGAUCACCCCCUCCAUAUCCCUAAUCUAUCAUUUUGUGUUCUAAUUGCAUGACUUAUCCAUACAAUUAGUUGUUCCCUAGCUAGUUUAAAUAAGGUUAACUAUGAUAUUACUACACGUUCACUUGAUUCCAAGUUCCAUCCCAUUCCCAUUUUGUAGUUUUGUUCCCUCCCCUUCAUAUCUAAUCCCUUUGGUCUCUUCUCUUAUCCAAACAUGACACUUGGUCAUUCACAUCUCAUCUCAGCUGAAAGUGAAAUGGGCCAUCAUUAUUAUCAUUGUUCUAUUUAUAGAUAAAUAAACAAAGUAGAUUUUGAAUACAAUUUAUUUAAUUACUAAAUCAAUCAACCAAAAUCUCACAGCAGAUACUGUAAAAAAAACGACACAUAUCUAUAACAGUUCGUUGAUUAGCUCUUAACAAAUAACAAAUGAACAACCCAACAAGUUCCAUCGUAAUUUACUAACACUAUUAUUUUUAAUUAAGCUCCUUCUGAUUCGUCACACUUCCACUAAUAUAAUUAUAUAUAUAUAUAUAUGGUGACUACUUCGGUGCACUCACAAAAAUGAGUGCGUUCAAUGCACCCAACUCAAAAACUAGUCUUAAGGUGUCGGUUUUUGAAUUUUAAUUUGUGGAAAUUGUGUAAUAUGAUGAUAUAACAUAUGAUAACAACUAAUUAGUGGAUUACCCUAAGCCCUAGAUCUCCAAUUUUGAGUUCUAUCCCUAAACCCCAAAUUGUAAACCCUAACCCUAACCCUAAAUCUCUAAACUCUAAAUCUUUCAAAUUAAAGUAAAUCUUCAAUGGUUUUUAUGCAAAUUGAUGUGCGUUAUUGUUCACCACAUUAUAAGUGAUGAAUGACAUCAUUUUGACAUAAAUCGCAUGUUUGAAAUGACGGUUAUGAAGUGAGUGCACUGAAUGCACACAAAAAAGUGAGUGCACCGAAGACACCACUAUAUAUAUAUUUCUUGUUUCUCCCCUGAUAUUUUCCACAUCUGGUCCAGUCAUAAACUGCCAGUAAGAAAAAGUGAUAUUACAAAACGACAAUUUAAUCUGAUUGGCAUUAUGAAGAUAGGAAUGAGUCAACUGCUUCUCUUUGGACUUUCCGAUGAUGAGUUGAUUAAACUACCGAUUGAAAACUUACUCGGAAUCUAUGAGACUAUUAUCUCUGUCAUUAGUGGUUAAAAAGGCGUGGAAGCUAAAUUUAACCGAUAUAUCUACACAACCAACACAUCGUUAUUUGGAAUCCCCCGAUCGGUUUUAUUUGCGUAACACGACGUUACAAAUAUUUGUUGGCGUAUGCGCCAUUUAUAAAACACUUUAAAUUUAUUUGAAAAAUAUAUCCAGUAUAGCUAUGUCAUUAAUUAUUAAAAUUGAGGUAAACGAAAGUGAGCUGAUCGAUAUGAACAUACAUAAAAAAAUCAACAUAAUUAUAUGUGAACUAAAAGAGGAAAGAAAAGAAAACCAACGAGAAUCGGUUAUACUAGUUACUCCAAACUCUAACGAAAUUUUGAUGAAUGGCCCAUUUUUUUCAGUCAUAAACCGCUAGGCCACGUUUGAAAGCAACAUCGAACUGAAACCCCAACACAGAAAUAAAAGGUUAGGAAACAAAAGGGAAUACUAGGUGCCACCUUCUCCCACCAUACGCUCCUCUAAUCCAUCCCCCCACAGGUAAACCGAAUCCAUUGGCCGCUCGAUCUGUACUUUUUUUUUUUAUAGGCCCGAAAAUGGACCCGGUUUGGCUCUUGCCCGAAAAAAAAAACCCCAUUAAUCUGGCCCAACCUUGUCCAAUCCCUUACUUGAUUCAGUAUUGCUCGCUUGGGUUGAGCCGAGUUGGAUCAUCGGUAGCUCACAUAAAUUUCAAAAAAUUCCAACUAAUUCCAGAAAGCUUAUAUUAACCCAUCAAUCCCCAACUCCCACGCAAUCGCUCACGAGUUCGCAACAACUCGGAUUGUAACUACACUAGUAUGGUUGAAAUAAUCAUUGUGGUUUGCAUUGUCUUUUUUUCUUUCUCGUCCGAAUCAUUUAGAUCAUUAUUUUAACUAACCUAAUAAGUUAAGAUAGUAAAGUUUGGGGGUUGAUCGGUUAACGGUCUGGUUUGUGUUCAGUAUGCGUAAAAAAAACGUGUUUUUUAUCAUUUAUUACAACUAAUCAAACUCUAUGAAAUGUUUUUUUCCCAGUUUUGAUGUACCUAAUUGGUUUCAAUUUGGCACACUAAAUUCGCCAAUUCAGAAGGAAAUUUCUUUUACAGAUACUAAUCACGUGAUUGCUAUAUGUUAUUAAUUUUCUUAUAAACUCCAUCAUAUAAAAAACAACUCAUUCAUGAGCUUGAAAUUUGUACAUGUUAGUUCAUACUAGUCGUUUUUCCUCAAUUGUUAACAUAUUAAUACUGCCAAAGACAAUCAAGUCUCGAACAUAAUAUAAUCUAAUACCUGUGUUAAUAACCAAUUACUCAAAUUUAAUGAACCACUUUUUCCACCUUAAUAAUCUUUCCAUAUAUAAUUAAUAUUUAUGUAAUAAUAUCAUUUAGAAUCAAAUAAUAUUACCACAUACAUAAAAUAAUGUGAACCCCCAAUAAUAUAUGAUAUAACCUUUGGCCACGUUUGAAAGCGACAUGGAACUUCAACCCUCUUCCCAGAAAACAAAAAGAAUACCAGGUGCCCGCGACUCCCAGCUUCAAAUCCCAUCCCCCUUCCUUCCUCUCCUCUCCUCUCCAACCAAAUCUAUUGGCCACUCCAUCCCUCCCUCUAUACAUUUCUAAUCCCCACUCCACACUCGCUCACGAGUUCACACAACUCACAACUCAGUCCUCUCUCUGUCUCUAAUCAACACUGAAACCGCCAUUCCUUCUCUACCAAUCACUUGAACUGAGCAGAGCAAAAGCAAAAAAACAACAAUGGACGCGGCGGCGGCCGACGACGACAGCAUGCGGCAGGUGGUGCUGGGGAAAUACGAGAUGGGCCGGAUGCUGGGGAAAGGAACCUUCGCCAAAGUCUACUACGCCAAGCACAAGUCCACUGGAGAGAGCGUGGCGAUCAAGGUGAUGAACAAAGAGCAGGUGAAGAAAGAAGGCAUGAUGGAGCAGAUCCAGCGAGAAAUCUCCGUCAUGCACCUCGUCAGGCAUCCAAACGUCGUCGAAUUGAAGGAAGUCAUGGCGACCAGAUCCAGAAUCUUCUUCGUGAUGGAGUAUGUGAAAGGCGGGGAGCUCUUCGCGAAAGUAGCGAAGGGGAAAUUGAAGGAGGAAACGGCGAGGAAGUAUUUCCAGCAGCUGAUCUCCGCCGUCGAUUUCUGCCACAGCAGAGGGGUUUCGCAUCGGGAUCUGAAGCCGGAGAAUCUGCUCCUUGACGAUAACGAGGAUUUGAAAGUUUCCGAUUUCGGCCUCUCUGCUCUGCCCGAGCAGCUGCGGAACGACGGGCUUCUGCACACGCAGUGUGGGACCCCUGCCUACGUGGCGCCGGAGGUGCUACGGAGGAAGGGGUACGACGGCGCCGCGGCGGAUCUGUGGUCGUGCGGUGUGAUUUUGUUUGUUCUCGUCUCGGGGUUUCUCCCGUUUCAGCAUCAGAAUUUGAUGAGGAUGUAUAGCAAGGUUUUCAAGGCGGAGUUCGAGUGUCCGCCGUGGGUUUCCGUGGAGGCGAGGAGGUUGAUCUCGAAGCUUCUGGUGGCUGAUCCGUCGAGGAGGAUUACGAUUCCGGCGAUCAUGCGCGUGCCUUGGUUUCGCAAGGGAUUUUCCGUUCCCCUGGUGUUUUCAAUCCCUAAGAAGGAAGAAGAUGAAGGAGAAGGAGAAGAAGACGGGAUUGUCAAUUCUUCGUCAAUUCCUUCGGCGACGAAGAUUUCAUCGCCGAAAUUCUUCAACGCGUUUCAAUUCAUCUCGUCGAUGUCGUCGGGAUUCGACCUGUCGAGUCUAUUCGAGAACACUCGACGGCGGCGGGGGUCGAUGUUCACUUCGAGGUGCUCGGCGGCGGCGAUUAUGGAGCGGAUGGAAGGGUUCGCUAAGGGGAUUAAUUUUAGGGUUGGCAGGGUGAAGGAUUUCAAGAUGAGUUUGACGGGGGGAACGGAAGGGAGGAAAGGAAGGCUGACGGUGACGGCGGAGGUUUUCGAGGUAGCGCCGGAGGUGGCGAUCGUUCAGUUCUCGAAGUCGGCCGGCGACACUUUGGAGUAUGUGAAGUUCUGCGAAGAAGACGCCAGGCCGGCGUUGAAGGACAUCGUGUGGACUUGGCAAGGAGAGAACGGCGACGACUCCGUUUGUAACGGUUACGUGGAAGACCGUCUGAAAGCGACAAUCUCUAUGUAGAAACUCCGACAACUCUUUUCUUUUUUUUUAAUUGCUCUUUUUUAUGUUUUAAUUUUUGGCUUCAUUGUUAUGGAGAGUAGAUAUACAGGAUAAGCUUUUUCUAAUUCCCGCCUUCUCCAACCCUCUUGUGUUGUUCUCUUCUCAAUUUGGGCUCUACUCGAGGAAGGUGUUCGAUGCAUGUUGUGAUAUUAUCGAUGACUUUUGUUGCGUUAUCGAAUAUCAAUAAUUGCGAUAAAUUAUUCACAAGACUGUUGUUGAUGUGACUUGAAUCGGACUAUCAGCCGCUACGACUGGUAAUCGGGGGUCUCGCUGCCCGGUCAGCGAGUGGGGUCCAGGGGCAACGCCCCCGGCCCACGGUGUAUGUGGGGUCCAGGGGCAACGCCCCCGGCCCACGGUGUAUGGACUCAAUGUUAUUUGGGUUCGGGUUCUGGGCCUGGUCUGUAACCGUUUCCUUUGCCAGAUUGGAUUAGGUUUAGACCCACAUGGAGAAGUACUAUAAAUACUUCUCAUUCUUCUCUGUAAUCUGUAAUCUCCUCAAUAUAGUGAAACUGGCUCUCUCUCACCCGUGGACGUAGCUAACACACAUCGUGUUAGUGAACCACGUAAAUCGUGUGUCUGUGUUUUUUCGAUUCUCGCUUUCGUAUUCUUGCUUUAUCGAUUCCGGCGAUUUCCCGAUCCGUAGCAGCGCGUUUAUAAUAAAUGUUUUUCUGUUGAAUUCGACUUACGGGAGGAAGUGCGAGAUAACAACAUAUACUAAUAAUUUUAAUUCAACCCGGGUGUAGCCAGACAUUUUUCAGGGUUGUUAUGAUAUGUAAAUAAAAUCAAUAUGUUAGAUGCAUCAUUUUAAACCAGAGUUGUAUUUAGAUCCUUUCAGUGUUGAUAAGAUAUGUAAAUAAAUAAGAUCAAUAUGU